AUGGUGUCCGCGACGUAUCCUGACAGCACAAACGGCCAUGCCUAUGGACACGCCUCCAAUGGGGUUCAUGCAAAUGGCCUCAGCAGUGGUGUUCACCGCAGAGCAGACGGAUCUCUGGACGUCAGAGUACUGGGAUUGAACAGUGGCACUGCAAUGGAUGGCAUCGAUUGCGCCCUAGUGCAUUACCGGCAGUCGUCGCCUACGGCGCCACUGCAUAUGAAUAUACUCAAGUAUGACGAGAUACCUGUGCCGCAAUGGAUCAAGAAACCCGUCCUCAAGAUGCUUCGCGAAACAAAAACGACACCGUCUCUUAUGUCUCAGCUCAACGUUCAGCUGGGUGUCAUGUUCGGCGAGGCCGUUAAAAUCUUUUGCGACAAGCACGACAUCGCUAUGGAUAGUAUCGACCUCAUCGGAUCACAUGGGCAGACAAUCUGGCUUCUCUCGAUGCCCAAAGAGGGAGAAACGCAGUCGGCCUUUUGUCUGGGUGAAGGCACCGUCAUUUCCGCCAUGACUGGCAUAACGACAGUCACCGAUUUCAGAAUGGCGGAGCAAGCUGUUGGUCGCCAAGGAGCCCCUCUGGUGGCUCUCAUUGACGGUCUCCUUCUCCAUCACCCGACGAAGCUUCGAGUGUGCCAGAACAUUGGCGGUAUAGCCAACCUCUGCAUUAUACCUCCAGACUCUGAGGGCGGUGUUGAUGCUAUGAUCGAUUGGGAUUGCGGACCAGGCAAUAUGUUUAUCGAUGCAGCAAUGCGAUACUUCACCAAUGGGAAGAUGGAGUACGAUAAAGACGGCGAAUGGGGGGCACGCGGUACAGUCAGCCAAAGCGUUGUUGAUCGCUUCUUGAGAGACAACGCAUAUGUCAAUCACCCACCGCCCAAAACGACGGGUCGAGAGACGUUCGGAGACGGGGAAGCACAGCAGCUGAUUGACGAGUGUUUGUCGUUGGGGCUCAGCAAAUAUGACACCCUUGCCACCAUCACCCGGAUCACGGCACAGAACAUCGUCAAGCAAUACCGUACAUUCUUCCCGCGGCAUAACAAGAUCGGCGAGAUCUUCAUGUGCGGAGGCGGUGCGAGAAACCCCAACAUCAUCAAUUAUCUGCGGCAGGAACUUCCCAACACCCGAAUCCUGAAGUUGGACGAGACCGGGGUGCCUUCCGAUGCCAAGGAAGCAGUGUCCUUUGCUCAACAAGCGCUGGAAGCUAUCCUUGGAAGAGCUGCUUUAGUUCCGAUCAACAGCGACACACUGACGCCGAACACCAUCUCCGGCAAGAUCGCGCCUGGUCUGAGAUGGAGAGAGAUCAUGUUUCAAGCUAUCAACUUCGGACGUGGUGAGCCUCUGCCGACGGUCAAGGAGAUGGUGGUUGACAGGAAGUACACUGAUUGGAAACCUUGA